GUUUAAACAUUCUGAAUUAAAUUGUAAUUUUAUUGGCAUUUUUAUGCUUCAAAACCAAUUUUUAUAAAUUAAUAUGGAUAGUAAAAAGGAAAAAUAUAUUUGUAGUUGGCUUUUAACUUAAAAAGUGCAUAUCUUAAUACAGUUUUAAAUAAGACAGUCGCCAGUGGAGGCUACAGUGCACCAGGACACUAGGAAUAACUUAAUAUCUAGCUGUGAGAUCUGAAAAGUUUAUUCUAAAGUGAAAUUAGAAAAAAAUGUUCUAAUUCACAGAAUAACUUAAUAAGUAAUCAGAAUGGCGGAUUAAGAAGUGUGCCGAAGCUAAUUACGACUUUUAAGAUACCAAAGUUGACUACGAUGAUAUUUUCUAAUUUAAUUAAAAAUCAAACCUAACAGUUUACAACAGUAUAUAAUUUUCAAUGUUUUACCUAUGACUGAAAAAGAGGUUUUAAAAGUGGGUUACCUUAAAAUCCGGGAUAAAAAUUUUUAAGACUGCUAUUAAGAAAAUUGUUAUGACAACUUUCCCGAAAAUGACUUAAUUAUUGGAAAUUGAGUCAGUGGAAAAAAAAUUGAAUUAUCAAAAGAAUGAAAAUGUGUUCAAAGAAAAUUUGUCUAGUAAUGCAUAUCCAUGAACAUUCAAUCAUAAAAAUAGAUUAUCUUUGGUCACAUACGUUACAAAUAAAGAAUUGAUAAAAAUUAAAAGAAACAAUUGUCUUCAACAACAAUUCUUCGGAAUUGGGAAAAAAUAAGAAAGAGAUUAUUUUAUCUGAAAUUAGUUUCAGGAAUGAAUCUAAUUUGAGAUGAGGAUAAGUCAAUGAGCCUACUAAAUGUUGUGAGACAAUAUUUUAUUUCAAAACCAACCAAGAAAGAAAAGAAUUAACAAUAAUACAAUGAGUAUAUUUACAAUUAAUAAUCUUACUUUUGAGGAAUAACAAUUACUUAUGAUUUUGAAUUGUUAUAAAAUCGGUGUGGACGUAGAAAUUCUCAUGAAAUGAAUAGUAUAAUUUCAUAGGAUGGUAUAUAGUUACAAUGAAUCCUUUGUCAUGACGAAUAGCAAUUAGUUAUAAAACCGUAAUAAUAAAAGGAAACAAUGUUAUGUAGUGAAUGGAAUAAUAAUAAUAAAAAUACAUGUAGAAAAUUUAUACUCUAUCAUUGUGAAAGUAAUUAUCAUUCCCGAUAAGAAACAGCUUUCAACUGUGCACGAUGUGCACAUGUUUAAUAAUAAAUAUUCUUUCAAAACCGCUUCAGUAAUUUGGUGAAAAUAAUUUUUUGUCCUCUAUUGAGCAACUGUUCUUUCUGCACAAAAGAGUAAAUUUACAAAAUCAAAGAAUCAAAAGAUCAAGUAGUAUGAACUCGCAAAAAUUGUUUAUUUUAUUUUCUAUUAUAAAUCAUGUUGUGCAAUGUUCGAGCUGUAAACCUCAAGUAAAUAUAUCACAAGGAAUUGUUCAAGGUGUUAAAUUGAAAUCCAAAAGCAAUAGAGAUUUUUCUGCUUUUAUUGGAAUCCCCUAUGGUGAACCACCAAUUGGAGACUUAAGAUUUAGCAGUCCAGUACCAAAAAAGAAAUGGACAGGUGUUUAUCAUGCUGAUAGUGAAAAAUUAAAAAUCCAAUGUCCUCAGGUGGAUAAUAGUAAAGUGUUGGGUCAAGAAGAUUGUUUAUACUUGAAUGUCUUUACGCCAAGGACAAAUUUUGAUCCCUCAAAUACCAACGAAUCUAGAAGUAUUAGUUUUACAGUCAUGGUGUGGAUUCAUGGAGGAGCAUUUAUAGUUGGAAGUAAUUCAUUUGAUGAAUAUGGACCAAAUUUUUUUUUAGAUAAAGACAUAGUUCUUGUUACGAUAAACUAUCGAUUAGGAGUUCUUGGAUUUCUUUCUACUGCUGAUUUAGUGUCUCCCGGAAACUUUGGCCUAAAAGAUCAGGUUCUAGCAUUAAAGUGGGUUCAAUCCAACAUCCAUUCAUUUGGAGGGGAUCCAAGUAAGGUGACAAUAUUUGGCGAAAGUGCCGGUGGGAUGUCGGUUAGUUUUCAUACACUUUCGGAUUCUUCAAAUGGUUUAUUUCAUCAGUAUAUACUGCAAAGUGGAAAUGCUCUUUGCUCCUGUGCUUAUCGUGACAAAACUGAUUUCAAAUCAGAUGUCGAUGAAGUAGCCAAAGUUCUAGACUGUCCAGUUAGUAAUUCUACGCUUACUGUAAAUUGCCUAAAAAAUGUAAAUUUCAAGACAUUGUUGAAUGCCAGCAAUUUUUAUGAUUUGAGGAAACCAGAACUUACCUGGAUACCUACGAAUGAAAUAGCUUCAAAGGAUGCGUUUUUAACAGAUAGUCCUGAAAAUUUGCUGCGAGAUAACAAACUAAAGGAUUAUCCGUUCAUCAGUGGUAAUGUAGCUGAUGAAGGACUUUACGUAACUUCAGAGUAUUUUGUAAAUAAGUCGUCUUUACCAAUAAACAAAGUUUUCAACAACAGUCUUAAUUUGUCAUUCAAGCAAUAUGGAACUGCUAAUAAAGAAGAUCAAUUUAAAAACAUUAUCAACGAUUACUAUUUCAGUGGAUUUGUAAAGAAAAAUGAUACAGAUGUUAAGUAUUUAAAAAAUUUAACAAAAUUCGUCAGUGACAGUAUGUUUCUCUACCCAGAUGAAAUUUUAAUAAACAAAAUAGCAAAAACCGCAGAAAGUCCUUUUUAUCGUUUUAAAUUUGGAUAUCGUGGUACAAUGAACAGAAUUUACUUGAUCUUCAAUACAAAAGAGAAUAUUGGUGUUGGACACAGCAAUGAUGUACUUUAUUUAUUUAAUUAUGGACCCUUACAUAAUAUGACGCAAUCAGACGAACAUAUCGUAACGGUCAUGAUAGAUUUAUGGACAUCAUUUGCCAUAGAUGGAAAACCAUUCAGUAAUGCCUUGAAAAAUCCACAUUUAUGGCAGAAUUAUAAAAACAGUGAAUCAUUUCUUCAGAUUGGAAAUAAAAGUGAUAAUAUGGAUCCGACAGUAACUUUGGAAAAGGAAUUUGCAUCAAAUCGUUUAGAUUUCUGGAAGAAAAAUUUUCCAGUUGAAUUAUAAAAUUAAAUAGAUGUUAAACUCA